CUCGGGCGAGCCGCACGGCAGGGCGCUCCGAGAUAUUCGGGGAUCCUCACAAUGCUGUCUCAGUCUCACUCAUGCAUGAAUGCAUCAAGCUGGGGGACUCGGGAGCUCCAUCGACGGACACAAAAUCAAUGCUUCAGCAGCGUAACUUAUCUUGUUCUGGUGUCCUCCGACGAUCACACAGGUAGAGCAGAAAUUUCUGACGAAAUGCACUGGUCCAGGUAAUGACUCGCCCUGGACCAGACGUGAAUGGUCAUAAUAGUGUACACUCCAUUGUCGGUAAAGCAACGCGAACCUCGACCCUGCAUGGACAGACCCAUCUGCAGCGUCGCCUGUGAGAGGCGUGCUGCAUGGCCUAUGUCGCAAGUAGUUUACUUGCUCUUAGGGGGCUCAGCGCAGCCGCAUGCCGGCCAGGCGCAGCUCCCGCCGUUCUUCUCGACGGUGGCGCACUUCACGGUGUCCUACAUAGCGUUUGUGGUGGUGGUGGUGGUGGUAGGUAGUGGUGGUGGUCGACAACUGAGCUUGGGGGGUAGUACGAUGGGACUAGCCUUCUUAUAUACCACACCUAUCGUGAGGACAUGCCGCGCGGCGAGAGCACACCUAGUCCGGAUGUCCAGACUGCGAUAUGCAAUGCAGCUCGUCUGGGCUGUAAUUCGCUUAACGCUACUGGCUGCGUCAAGGUUAGGCACGCAGGUACGAAACGCCCACCACGUAAUUGGCUUGUGGCGGGCGAAUGAGAGAGGAAGCGUAUGUCACCGUUAUAGCACCGGGCGGUGGCAGUGAGCUGUCAGAAUAUGGCAACUUGCGCUUCAAUGCCUCUCGUGCAUCCUCGACGUUUGACUGCUGCACCUUACAGGUGAUGCGCGGUCU